AUGGCAGGAGCUCAGGUGGGGCUCCUGGGCCCCUUCCCGGAGCCCUCAGUUGGGGCAUGCCCCGUCUCUGACUCCGACUCAGACUCCGAGGAUGCCGCUGCAGGUGGCACAGGACCCAGUGCUGGGGUGCAAAACCCCUCCCAGGUCAUCCACAGUGGCCACUUCAUGGUGUCAUCCCCGCACAGCGACUCGCUGCCCCGCCGGCGCCACCACCGAACCAAGCCCGAACCGGCUGAUCCCCGGAGCAUCGACCCAACCCUCACCCGGCUCUUCGAGUGCAUGAGCCUGGAGUACAGUGGGAAACUGGUGUCUCCAAAGUGGAAGAAUUUCAAGGGGCUGCGGCUGCUUUGCCGGGAUAAAAUCCGUCUCAACAACGCUAUCUGGAGAGCGUGGUACAUCCAGUAUGUGGAGCGGAGGAAGAACCCUGUGUGUGGCUUCAUCACCCCGCUGGAGGGGUCGGAGGCUGACGAGCACCGAAAACCAGAGGCUGUUGUGCUGGAGGGCAACUACUGGAAACGCCGCAUCGAGGUGGUGAUGAGGGAGUACCACAAAUGGAGAAUCUACUACAAGAAGCGGCUCCGAAAAUCCACCCGGGAGGGAGAGCUGUCCAGCCCAAAGCGAGAUGAGGAUGUCUGGAGGCCAACGGAGAAAUGGUGCAACCAGCUCUUCUGCAAUGUGGUGCCCAUGCUGCUUGGGGAUGAGGAAGAGGAAUCGGGGGGCAGGCAGCACUUUGACUUGGACACCUUCCUCUCAGACAUCUCUGACACCCUCUUCACCAUGACACAGACGCCCAGUGCCCACCAGGCACUCCCUGAGGAUGCAUACGUUGGGAAUGCUGACAUGAUACAGCCGGACUUGGCACCCCUGCAGCCCAGCCUGGAUGAUAUGGAGAUCUCAGGAAGUCCCCUCAUGCCCGUCACUCUGUCUCCACUUGGCCCUGCAGAUAUUUUCACCAGCCACCGGCCACCACCAUCGCAGACACAGCUGGGCUACCAGGAGCCGCCCUGCUUCAUGCCCAUGGCCGAGCCCCUGUUCGGCAGCGGGGGGUCCCUGAUGGGCGUGCGGGGGCAGCCCGCCAGCCCUGAAGCCCCGCUCCCACCCGGUACCCUCCUCCAGCCUGGCGGUGCCUCUCAGCUCGGCCUCCACGGCGCCUUCCUGGCCCCCGAGCUCCCCCCAGUCCCCCUGCCCCCCGAGCCUCCUGCUGCGACCCCCAGCGGCCUCAGCCCCCAGCUCCGACAUAAGCCCCUGCUGCAGUAUGGCCUCCCCAGCAAGUGCCUCAGCCUAGAGCCGCCGGGACCCCCCUAUGCCCCCCCUGUCCCACCCCCUAAGGUGCCUCUGCUGGGCCCAGACCCCCCGUUCUCCCCCACCUCAGCACCCCGGUCCAAGUUCCCCUACGUGGGCUCGCCGGGCCCCUCGCUCCUUGCCCACCCCGCCUCCCCCCUCUCGGCACCCCGCUUCGCCCCCCACGCCCCAGGGCUGGGCUAUGCCGCUGGCAUGGUGCCACCAGGGUACCCCGGCCCGGCCGCCCCCCAGCUCCUGCCCCACGCCCUGCUGGGCGACCCCAGGUUUGCCCCCCCUAAGGGGCUGCCCCAGGGCGAGGGCGGGCAGCAGAAGGCGAAGCCAGGCGGCACCAAGGCAAAGAGGCUGCCGGGACCCCCUGCAUCGCCCCACCUGGCCGUGCCCAACUCCUGCCUGAGCCAGCUGCUGACCACAGCCAAGCAGGAGCUGGCCCUGGAUGCCCCAUGCCCGAUGGGUGCAGGACUCACGCCUCCGUCCCCUGUUUCCACGCAGCAGAGCGCUGUCCCCGACGUCCCUGCCGCCUUCCUCUCCAGAAUGGCCCAGCUGAGCCCAGGGCUGGCUGCUGGCUCCAGCCCUUCCCAGGCAGCGCCGGUGCCAGUGCCGGUGCCGCUGGCGGGUGCCCAGCCAGGCCCACUGCUGGUCCCCAAGGCAGAGCAGCUGUCUCCCACGUCGGCUUGCGGCAGUGACUGGCCCAAGCCCGGCCAGGCUUCCCCAGGACCCGCUGUGGGGCUGGGCGCUGGCACCUCUCUGCACCACCCUGUGUCCCGUCGGGGCAGGCCUGAGUCCAGGAAGAUGGAGAGCCGCCGCAUCACACACCUCUCCGCCGAGCAGAAGAGACGCUUCAACAUCAAGCUGGGCUUCGACACGCUGCACAGCCUGGUGAGCACACUGAGCGCCCAGCCCAGCAUCAAGGUCAGCAAGGCCACCACCUUGCAGAAGACAGCCGAGUACAUCUGCAAGCUGCAGCAGGAGCGGGCGGCCCUGCAGGAUGAAGCACAGCGGCUGCGGGAGCAGAUCGAGGAGCUCAAUGGCUCCAUCAACCUGUGCCAGGAGCAGCUGCCGGCCACGGGGGUGCCCAUCACGCGCCAGCGCUUCGACCAGAUGCGCAGCAUGUUUGAUGAGUACGUCCGCUCCUCCACGCUGCAGAACUGGAAGUUCUGGAUCUUCAGUAUCAUCAUCCGGCCCCUUUUCGAGUCUUUCAAUGGCAUGGUCUCCACCGCCAGCAUGGAGAGCCUCACCCAGACGUCUCUCGCCUGGCUGGACCAACACUGCUCCCUUCCAGCACUUCGGCCGACCGUCCUGAGCUCCCUCCGGCAACUGAGCAUUUCCACAUCCAUCCUGAGCGACCCGGCCUGCAUCCCCGAGCAGGCCACGCAGGCAGUGGCGGGGAUGGGCCGUGGCGGCGGCUCCUCCUAG